AUAACGGAAGCAUCACGAUACUACCGCUCGUUCAGGAGUUUACAGGAGACGAUCGGUCAGUAGUGGUAUAGUUUUGAUUUGUGUGUCCUUCAAACGAAGGCUAAAGCCGGAUUUGUUGGAGCGAAUCGAGGAAGUUUAAGGUGAUGGUGUGAGCUCUCCAUGCUGCCAUGAGUGCUCUGUUUACCUGUGAGGAGCCAGCUACAUGGAGGAGAGUGUAUGAGAAGUACUGGGAUGUAGUGGAGGCCAAGGCCAAGGGCAAGAAACCUGGAAAGCUGCUGAACCUUGACAAGUGGUACCAAGAAGAGCUGCCCACGCUCAUUUCAAGUCGACCUGACAAACACGUCACUCUGUCAGAGCUGGUGAAACUGAUGGAGUGGAAGCUCACUAGGGGGAAGUUCAGGCCGAGACUGCAGCAGCUGGUGGCUUCCAACAGUGAGGAUACUGUGGAGAAAUGUUCCAGAAAGGCCUUCAGCCUCCUGCCUGAUGUGCAGGCAGCGAUUGCAGAGCUCAGCUCCCUGAAAGGAGUUGGCCCAGCCACUGCUUCAGCUGUGUUGGCGGCAGGCGCUCCAGACCAGACUGCAUUCAUGUCUGAUGAAGCCAUGGAGAGUGUACCGGGAUUAAAGCCCAUCCAGUACACAGCCAAGCAUUACGCUCUGUACCUGGGCAAGAUGGUUGAGCGGACUGAAAAACUGAACAAAGUGGAUCCCCAGCAGGACUGGACGCCCCACAGGCUGGAGCUGUGUCUGUGGGCGUUGACCAUAGCCACUCAGCAGCUGCUCCCACUCGUAAAGGAAAUAGAUGUGAAGGGCAGUGGGGUGGCAGAGAAGUGCUCAGACCCUGAUACUGACCAGAGACCAACAAAGAAGCUAAAAAUGAGAUGAAAAUUAGAAUUUUUACAAUAAACAUGCUUUAAUGUCUGUCAGUUUUUGUAUUUUUCUAAAAUAAUAAAAGACGUUACACCAAAGAGAAUAUACUGAUCAGGUUUUUUUGUUGUUGUCAUUGAGGAUAUUAUUUUUAUUUUGUAUUUUAAUAAAAGUCUAUGAAGUGA